AUGGAUUUGUUAGAAUAUUCAAUAAUGAACCAAAAAUCUUCGAAUUUCAAAUUUGAAAAGAUUUCAUUACCACCAAUUAAUAAAUUAACGGAGAAUAAUUUGCUUAACUUCAAUAAGAUUCAACCAAUAGAGCCAACUUAUACCCAUGGUUACACUUUUACUAACCCGGGUUAUACUAAUAGUAAUGGUUAUACUAAUAGCAACGGUUAUACUAAUAGUAACAUAAGUUUCGGUCAAGGUUACUCCAAUAGCAAAACUUCAUCAAUUUCAUCAGUUUCAUCACCUAAAACUCCUAAUAAAUCACCAAACCUUAAUGAUUUAAAAUCACAAACACCAUUACCUUCAUUGAUAUUACCUGAUUCUCAAAUGUUAUUUAAAGAAUCAAAAGUUAAUGAUUUGAAUGUUAAUAUUGUCAAUAUUAAUGACAAAGCUGAAAAGAAAAGAAGACAAAGGGCUGGGCCUUCCUGUGAUUCUUGUAGAUUAAGAAAAGUUAAAUGUAAUGCAGAAAUUGAAAUCUUAAAUGAAAUAAAAGAUCUUGCUACUUUAGAACAAGAUUUCAACAAAGAUGGAUAUAAAUUAAUCAGAUCAAAUAAUAAAAUAAUAAAAUUUAAAGGAUGUAAAAGUUGUAAUUGUAAAAAGUUAGAUUGUAAAUUUUCCAAAGGGUUCACUAAAGAAGAAAUAUUGACUAACAAAAAAAUUUCAAAAAUUAAUGACAAGAAAAAUGACGGAAGAAAGACCAGUUGUGAAAGCUGUAGAAAAAGAAAGAUCAAAUGUUUGAUGAAUGGUGAUAGUUGUGAAAAUUGUUCCAAGAAGGGUAAUAGUUGUAGUUUUAAUACUGGUUUAUAG